CUUUUUUCUUUUGCUGUAGAGGUCUCAAGCGGCUCCCAUCUCACGAAAUUACCCAGUAGCCGUUGACGGCUCUUCAGUGACGGAUCGAGUCCAGUGUUACGAUUUUCUUUUCCCCUUUUCAUUUAUUUUUGGAAAAAAGAAAAGGAGUGCAAUCUCAGGGUCACCAUACUCGAUGAGCGGACAGCGCAAUGUCAGAGCGCUCUGGGCAAACUGCAAAGGGGAAGGAAGGCAAAACCAAGUAUGCGUCUCUCAACCUGUUUGAUACAUACAAAGGAAAGAGCCUUGAAACACAAAAGCCUGUUGUUCCCCCUCGCCAUGGCCUGCAGUCUCUUGGUAAAGUUGCCUCCGCGCGGCGUAUGCCACCCCCUGCCAACCUGCCCAGUCUAAAGGCAGAGAACAAAGGCAACGACCCCAACGUCUCACUCGUUCCCAAAGACGGCACAGGAUGGGCAAGCAAACAGGAACCAGCAGACCCAAAGAGUACCGAUGCAUUGUCAGCACCGCAGCCGGAAUCGCCGCAGCCUGUGGUUUCACAGAUACCUGCACCGACCCGCCCGAGAACACCUCCAGCUCCAGAGGGUCUGGCCCCCGCAUCAACCCAGGCCGCAGGGGCAAGGUCCUGGGCACAGGCCAGUGUUACACUUGGAACACAAGGGGAUGGUGGAAAGGGAUCAAACCAACCGUCGCCAUUCUCUCGCGAGGAAUUUCCCACCCUGCAGGCAGCUGGCGACCCGGACAAAGCUGGCAGAGAACAGGCCACUGCAGAUCAGUGGUAUGGGCCCGGACCAAGCCUCCGCCCCCAGAACGUUACAAGUUGGCGGGACGGUGGGGGCCGAGCCCUGGCGCCCACCUUGUCUGGGGAGGGAGCAGCAGAGGGUGGUACUGGUGGGGCAAUGGUGAUAGAUGGGGCAGGUGGGGUCCCCUCUCCAAACUCCCAGACUCAUGGGCCACCUAGAAACCCUCCUGCAGGCAGCCCCGCCUUGCCCCUGCCCCAGCCCCCUGUGGGGCCUGGGUUCCCCGCAUACAGAGGGAUCAUGCCGCCCUUUAUGUACCCUCCCUAUCUGCCCUUCCCAGCCCCCUAUGGUCCUCAGGGGCCAUUCAGGUACCCGCCACCUGGUGAUGGGCCUACUCCCAGGUUCUCUCAUGGACAGGUUGGUACUGACAGCCGGCCCCAAGGCAGCCCACGUGAUGCAGGGGGUGAGAUGGUUAAGCGUCCUUCAAUCUUAAAGCAGGAUGAUCUAAAGGAGCUUGACGAGCUGGACCAUGAUGGAGAUGAGGGCUGGGCAGGGGCUCAUGAGGAGAUUGAUUAUUCUGCUAAGUUGAAGUUCAGUGAUGAUGAAGGAGAAGAAGAGGCAGAAGAUGAGAGAACAGAGAACAAAAAUGAUUUGCGUGAGCAGCAGAGGUCCCAGGAGCCCCCCCUUACAACCUCUCGCUCACGAGCCUCAGACAGUGGUGGAGACAACCGCCGUACCCCUCCCACCAAUGCUGACAGUGGUCGCCAACCUUCCUCCAGCAAGCCAGGAUGGGCCGAGGAGGGAGCCGGUGGUUGGGUGGGGCAGGGACCAGCAUCAAACUAUCAGGGGCGCAGGCCUGGAUUGGGUGGUCCCCGGGAGCAGCCCUCCCCCCCACCUGGGCCGCUUCUCGGACAAGGGCCCUACUCCUUUUACCGACAGGACCGGCCUCUCAACCAAGGUGCCACUUUAGGCACUGGUAAACCUGUUUCCAUCCAACAUCAACCAACAGCUGGAGGCCCUACUCAACCUUCGCAGUCAGGCCUGUUGGUCCAUGGGGCCCAGGGGGAUGAUGAGGAUGAGACUUGGCGUCAGCGCAGAAAGCAGUCUUCCACUGAGAUCUCUGCUGCUGUGGAAAGAGCACGUCGCCGCCGUGAGGAAGAAGAACGUCGGAUGGAGGAAGAGAGACGUGCAGCCUGCGCUGAGAAGCUAAAAAGGCUUGAUGAAAAGCAGCAGCAAGGAGGCACCAUAGAAAGUGCUGGAAGCGGUAGUAAAACUCCCAGCCUGGAUGGGAAUUCUACAGCUGCCACAGCAGGCAGUCCUACUCCAUCUGUUUCAGCCUCUGCCUCUUCCCCCAACAUCAGCCAGCCUCCAUCCCCCUGUGUGGAUCCUGAGGAACCUCCGGUCUUGAUUGUCCAGGCAGGGCUUGGUGCUGGAGUCAUUGACAAACAGCGAGUCAGCAGCAACAGCAGCUAUGACUCAAAUGCAGAUGCUCAACAAUGUCCCCAGCAAGUUGUGUCACAGCCACAGCAGCCCAUGCUGGACAUAGCUUUACCAGGAGAGACUAAGGAAGAGGCCUCAGCUGGCCCCCAUGUUCGCUCAGGAAGUGGGAGUGAAAGAGCAGUCGACUCGGUUAAGAUUGAGAAUAUUGGAGGGGGAGGAGGAAGUCGUCAAGCUAGUGGUCCUCCUGGUCAGUGUUACUCAAAGUACCAGAAGUCUCUUCCGCCACGAUUUCAGAGGCAGCAGCAGGAGCAGCUUUUAAAGCAGCAGCAACAGUGGCAGCAGCAGCAGAACCAAGCAUCACAAAGCCAGCUGUCUCCUCAGCCCCAGCCUCCACAGGGUCCUUCACCAGGUGCAGCACCACAGCCAGGGCCUGGACCCAAACAGGGUGGACCCCUGUAUCAGCCCAGCGGUAUGGUGCGACCUCCACCUUUGCCAAUGAAUUUUGACCCUCGCUGGAUGAUGAUGCCAUACAUGGACCCGCGCAUGAUGCAGGGCCGCCCCCCACCCAUGGACUACUAUUCAGCUGGCAUGCACCCAUCUGGGCUUAUUGGGCGUGAGCGUUCUGAUUCAGGGGGAUCUGGUUCAGACCCCUUUGACAGGCAGCAGGGGCAUCCAGGGCACCCACACCGUGGAACACCCCCUAUGGAUCCUAAGCUGGCCUGGGGGCCAGAAGUAUUCCCUGGUGGAGGGGAGGGACGUGGGCUGACCUCCCCACUGAGGCAGAAGCAAGCACUGGAGGAUGAAGACGUAGCCAAAGGUUCUAGGAGUGAUACUCCUCCACAUCGCAUGAGAGAAGGUGGAUUGGGACCCAUUCAGCAACCCAACUCCAACUCUGGGACAUCAAAUCAGACACCCCCUCCUGUUAGUGGCCAGGGAGGCAGCCACCACACUCAUCAGUACAUGGGUGGAAGAGGCAACUACAGCAACUUCGCAGAUCAGGGUGCAAGGUUGCCUCCCCAUCAGCAGCAGCAGAGGGCAGGUGACAGGGGAAACCAGCCACAUAGCUUCACACAUCAGGAUGAAGGGCCUCCCAGAGGAUCGCAGCAGGGUCAGAUAUGGGGAGCUCCACACCCUCACUAUGAUCGCAAUGGUCGCACAGAUGUCCCUGUAGAGAGCAACUCUCACCACCACCACCAUCACAACCAUCACCCUCAGCAGCCUCACUUCCCUCUCCACCCUCAUAAGCCAGAGAACAGUCGUGAAAGGGUUGGUGAGGCUCCUGCUAAGAAGACUGACUCCACUCCUUCUCUUAACCAACCAUCCCUUUCAUCUUCCUGCUCUUCCUCUUCCUCCUCCUCUUCUGCAAGGGAAGAUGGAGGUGUCACAGUUGCCCAACAUCAUCACCCAUUACAGAGAGAGAGUGAAGCUGGUAAGGGACACAGUCUUGGUGAAAGAGGCAACAGUGGUAACCUUGGCAGUAACAGCCAUGUAAAACAGGAGAAAACCGGUCCAUCGUAUGCUCCCCAUUCCUCUAUUACCUCUAGUCCACCUCCCCCUCAACACGGUAGUCUUGCUCAACAUCAGCAGCAGCAUCCCCAUCAUAAAUCGAACCAAAGAGGGGGACGGGAUCACAAGACAGAAACCCACUGGGGCCCACGACCUGGCAGCAGUAAUAUUGGUGGUGGCUCCUCUCAUGGCAGAAAGGCCAACAAUGCAGGGGGUGGAAGCAACUCUCGUGGAGGUGAGGACUCUUCUAACCCCUCACUGGAACACAAAGCCUCUAUCCAGGGAGCAGGCACAAAUGCCAACAAGAGGGCUGGCCCCAUCAAGAAGCCAGUACUGAAGGAGAUGAAGCGGGACGGUGGGGAAGUUGAUGGAGGCGAAAAAUCAAGUCCAGGCUUUGGAAAAGCUAAAGAGCAAGAUGGUGGGCAUUUGGCCUCCAUGAAGCAGGAUGCCUCCUCCGUGUCCCAAAACACACUGGCUCCAGCUAAAGAUGAGACUGGCCAGACAUCCAAACCUAGGAUUGGUGGAAAAGAACGGUCCUCGGGAGGAGCAGGGGGAGGGUCAAGUAGAGCGCUCAAAGAUGUAGACACCACUUUGUCUGGAUUUCCAGUGUCCUCUUCCAGGAAGGACAGAGACCGCUCAUAUGAUAUAGUAGGCAAUACAUCCAACCACCAUGGGGUCCCUGCCAAAGGCAACAGCAGAGCUGGUCGCGGACGAGGGGGAGAGUUUUAUGGGCGUGGCCGUGGAUAUCGGGGUACAUAUGCAGCCAGCGCUGGUCCAAUAGGUAGCAGCCGGGGCAGGAUGGGGAGCAGGAGUGGCAGAGACUACCGCCCUGUUGGAGGUAGUCACCAACAGGAGUCAAAGGGUGAGGGACCCAGUGGCAGGCACGGUCAGGAUCGGUCCCAGCACAAUCCAGCCAGGGCCAGAAACCGCAGCGAAACCCGCAGUGAGGGUUCAGAAUAUGAAGAAAUCCCCAAGAGAAGGAGAGAAAGGGGCUCGGAAACUGGCAGUGAGAGUGGUGCAAGUGACCUUGGUCAUUCAGACAAAGAAGAUCACCAGAAACCCAGUACCAAGAAUGGCACUGAUAAUGCCACCACUUCCAGCAGUGGAAAUGUGUCAUCAGCACCACAGAGGGGCCCCCAAACCCGGGUGUUCACCCCCAGGGGUGUGCCAUCUAGAAGGGGUAGGGGUGGGGGAAGUGGCGGGGGAAAUGUGUACAGGGGUAGUGGAAAUGCUGCAGGACCACCUGGGGCACACCGGGGGGGACCUAUCUCAGGCUCUCAUGGUGGGUCUUCCAAGUUGUCUGCCACAGUCCGGAAGCAGCAAGGCCCAUCACAAACCCCUGGUCCCAAACAUCGGCCAGGGAAUGGUGGAGAGAAGAAAGACAAGAUGCCUGAAGCAAGUCAAACUCAGGGGUCCAAUCCCCCUCAACCUUUAUUGCCCCCUGCAACUUCUGCCACUCUAGGUUCUACUGAAAAUGGAGGGAUUCUGACCCAGCAAGUGUCCACCAAUGCUACAUCAAACUCUGCAGUGCCAAAUGUGGUUCCUGUAGCUACAAACCAUGGGUUCCCUCCCAGUGGAUUUGAACGUCCCCCUAGACGUCGACGUCAUGGGCGUUCUCAGCACCAGCAGGACAAACCACCUCGUUUUCGGAGACUAAAAGAGCGAGAAAAUGCGGCACGAAUCAACGGGGCAGUUGGGGUAAUAGGGGGACGGAGCCCUUCAUCUCCCUCUCUAAAUUCAGUUCAGGACAGUAAUGGCGCCCCCAUUCCUGCUCAUGUCAGUAUCCAGAAUGCUAACCACAACGCGACACUAACAGCCAACAAUAACAGUAGCGUUGGGCAUGUUGGUAACGCAAACAGCCACCACCAUCACCAUUACAACCAGAGCAAUGCUGGGCCAACACACACCCAGCACCACCACAGCCAUGGAGCAAAGUCCCCUGACUUCACCAACCAGAACUCAGACCAGGCCAAUGAGGAGUGGGAGACCGCCUCUGAAAGCAGCGACUUCACAGAGUUCAGAGACAGGGAGGGAGGAGGAGGGAAGGCGUUGUCCUCUCACCAUCAUCAUCAUCAUCUGGGUAAGGGAGGAGGUGGGGGCGGGGGCGGGGGUGUGGUUGAGCGAGACAUGACAGGGAAAGAGCCCUUGGCUAAUAAAAGAAGCUUCUCAAGCCAGCGUCCUGGCAUGGAGCGUCAGAACCGGAGGGUCAAUGCAGGAGGAGGGGGAGGCAGAGGCCCUCGUGGUCCUCCUGGUGGGCCCGGCAAUGGAGGUGGCAGCCGAGGGGAGAAGCGUGGCACUUGGCCCUCCCCAAAAAAUAGGAAGUGAUGGAAUGAAUCCAAACAUUUCCAUUAAACCUCACCCACAUUAAAACCCACUCUGUUACAUUUUAAUCCCAUUUGAUCAUUAUUUCAUGGCUUAUAUGUUUGCAUCCUUAAACCUAUUAGUGCUUGUACAGUAUAUGGAGAUGGUAUUCAUAUUCACGUAGCUGACCCCCCCCCCUCCCCGCAUCAAUCAAAUAUCUACCGUCCGUUAUUGUAAAUUUUUCAUCUUGCUCUCUUAUUCUACCCCCCCCCCCCAUUAUUUUUUACUGCUCUCAUUAACCUCACCCCAGUUGGAUUUGACAAGCAUGUGUUUUUGCAACAGAGAUGCAUGUCAGCGUUCACACGGAGCUCCACUCACGCAUUUACAAGCACAAAUGUGACAUCUUUACGAACACAUGGAACACAUGCAACUGCAUGUGUGCAAAAUGAAAAUGUGGGAUUGAAUUGGCAAAAAUGUUUAGAUUGGGCUAAUUUUUAUAUUUAUGUACCUGUGUGUAUUACUACCACACUUUGGCCUUGGUGGUAUUCAGUAGUGCAGUUCAGCUUUGCUUCCCUGACAAAAGGGAGCAAAUACAGCUUCAUCUUUUAACAACUAAUGUACCAUAAACUGUUUGUUAUGUUUUGGCCUCGUUUUAGUUGAGUUUUUGCCACUGAAAAAUGUUAAGUGUGCUUUUUUUUUUCUACAAAGCAGGUCAUUGAAAAAGUUUUUUUAAAAUUAAAUUCCUCAGUUCCUCUAUAUGCUGACUUCUUCUCCUGUAAAGUAUCUCUGAUUACUGUGAUGAGAUCCAUACAAUUAAUACUCCUUCAGUUUCUGCUGCUUGAGAUAAACUGCGUGUUGUUUCUUUUUCCUCCUGAGUGGGUGACCUGCUCUGACAUUUCAUUAGUUUUUCGUUGGUUCUUUUUAGGAGUAAAAGGCUUUUUUUUCCUUUUGGCCUCACAGUAGCAUCCUCCUUUUCUGCAGAGGUUCUGCACACUGCAAAAAUCAAAAAGGACAAUAGUUUUUCUCACGAGUUUUGUUUACCCUAUGAAGACUGUAUUGAUAGCGCUGGCUUUAUUUUAAAAACCAUUGUUUCCUCAGUGACUUUCAUUUUUAGGAAAACACUUUUUCUCCACCAAGAUGAUCUUGUUGGGCGAAAAUGAGUUUGAAAAAAAAUGUGUGUCAUGAUAGCAUCAAGAAAAAUGUUUGUCAUAAAAUUAUUUAUGCUUCAGUAUAUAAUUGAACAUGUUCUAAUAAGCACUCCUUGUAGUAUAACAAAAAUUUAUGGUUGCUGUUUUUUUCUUUUUUGUUGUGUUCAUGUGCUUGAGCAAGUUACACAUGAUGCAAGACGACAGGUACUCUGUCUGGGCCCAGAGUACAGAGCUAAGCUGAGUAAUCUACUAUCACACCCCUACUGUGCUGUGAUGCAAGAACGGGGUGGAGACCUCAUGCCAAGAAGGACUUUAUCCAAGAGCUCCUUGUCUGAGGAAGUAUUUUUCAAAGUGUGGGUUCUUGGAAUGGUUGUGUCAGUACACAGUGGCAACCAGAGGCCCAAACUAAUUAAAUACAGGACUGUGCUGAGAGGGUGAUGCACAAUUCACCUGCUCCAGUUCACCACGGUUUUCCAAAUAAUGUCGACCCGGAGUGUUGAGUAAAUUUGUUGUUGUAGGACUACACUUGUAAACAUAGUUUGUAUCACCUAUGAAAUACAGAACAUGGCAAAAUGACCAGCGACAACAUCCAAUUCUCAUCUGCAUCAAUUGUGUCACUGCUGUAAGUUGGGGUUUGUUUGUUUACUGACAACCGUAUGAAGAUCGUCUCUGGGAUGUCUUGAGUAGGGCAUUUGGUAAUAUGUAUGCGUGUGUGUGCGCGCGUGUGUGUAGCAUGUGUGUUUUUUGGUGUCUAUGUAAUUACUCUGGAUGGGGUGGGGACCAGAGGGUUAACAUGAAUGGCAAGCACUUUCUGCCUUGUUUGCCCACACUUGAUUUAAACAAUAUUAAGACAGUACUGCUGUUUCUUAAAUACAUCCACAUAUAUACAAUCAGCUGUGUAUAUGUUAAUCCAAAUGAAGAACAUGUAGUAGAGAACGUCACCUCUUUUGUGUAAUUUAAGCAUACGUUUUUCAGCAGGCAAGUGAAGUCGAACGUGUUAAUUUUUACUGAAGACUUCUCAGCAUGAACACACAACCAUAGGUGCAGCUUGCCUUGCUUAUUACUGGUUGAGUCAUUGACAGCUGUACACUUAACACUGGCUCAAAGAGUCCUUCAUCCCUCCCUAACUCUUAAUGUUGAUGUGCGCAUUAUUAUAUGUACCCAUGUUAAAAGAAAACAAGUAGUGUUACUCAGAAAAAUUGCUCAAAGAUUGUACUAUGUUUCCAGCAUUACUGAGGUACCUGGAGUGGUGCAAGCUGUUUUUAGCAUUUAUGGUUUUAUUAUUGGAACCGUAAUAUACACACAUGUAUGUAUAUUGGUAUGUAUCUAAGUUUUGUCUACCCCAACUUACAUUCCCACAAACAAAUGUUGCCAUUUUUAGUUCAAGGGAGCAAUGUACAAGCAGAGAAGUGUCUUAUUAUAAUAAAGUUAUACAGAGAAGGCAAAAUAAAUAAACUACUUUUGAUUUAAUGGAAAA